UAUUCGAUCAUAUGUAAUCUUAGUUUAAUUAUGGAGAUAAUUCAAAAAAAAAAUCAGAGAAAAUUAUAGCUCGAGGCAGGAGCGCGCAAACAAACAUGGGGCGGGGGCGUACGUGCGCGCCGCCGACACAAUUCGUGCGCUACGUGCGGUGAAUGCAUAGCAGAAGCAGAAGCUUUCAACUGGGAACCAGUGCGAGUGUUUUCCUCUGUGACAGGUUUAUAUUAGUGAUCUUCCAUCAUGCAUGUGGACUUCGAGAAGCUGCGGAUGAGCGGCGCGGGGAAAGCCAUCGCGGUCCUGACGAGCGGCGGGGACGCGCAGGGUAUGAAUGCUGCUGUUCGAGCUGUAACACGCAUGGGCAUCUUUGUAGGUGCUAAAGUCUACCUGAUCUAUGAGGGUUAUCAAGGCCUGGUUGAUGGAGGAGAUCAUAUCAAACUCGCCAACUGGCAGAGCGUCACCAACAUCAUUCAGCUUGGUGGCACCAUCAUCGGCAGCGCCCGCUGUAAGGCCUUCAUGACGCGAGAGGGCCGUUUAUCCGCGGCGUUUCACCUGCUCCAGCGCGGCAUCACCAACCUGUGUGUGUGUGGAGGAGACGGCAGCCUCACCGGGGCCAACAUCUUCCGCAGCGAGUGGAGGAGCCUACUGACAGAGCUGGUGCAGCAGGGCCGGAUCACGGACUCUCUGGCGCAGCAGUACACUCAUCUGAACAUCGUGGGUUUGGUCGGAUCCAUUGAUAAUGAUUUCUGUGGAACUGACAUGACAAUCGGAGCCGACUCUGCUCUGCAUCGAAUCAUGGAAGUUAUUGAUGCCAUCACCACCACGGCACAGAGUCAUCAGAGGACGUUUGUGCUGGAGGUGAUGGGCCGCCACUGCGGGUAUCUGGCUGUGGUCUCGGCUCUGGCGUCCGGCGCCGACUGGCUCUUCAUCCCGGAGGCUCCGCCAGAGGACGGCUGGGAGGAUCACAUGUGCGCGCGACUGGGAGAGAGUCGCAGUAAAGGCUCUCGUCUGAACAUCGUGAUCAUCGCAGAAGGAGCGAUCGACAAACACGGCCAGCUGAUCUCCUCCAACUACGUCAAAGAUCUGGUGGUUCAGCGGUUGGGUUACGACACACGGGUCACUGUACUGGGUCACGUUCAGAGAGGAGGAACACCGUCGGCCUUUGACAGAGUCCUGAGCAGUAAGAUGGGUGUGGAGGCUGUGGUCGCGCUGCUGGAAGCGACUCCUGAGACGUCAGCGGUCGUGAUCGGUCUGUCGGGGAAUCAGGCCAUGCGUCUGCCACUCAUGGAGUGUGUGAACAUGACGAAGGAGGUUCAGAAAGCCAUGAAUGAGAAGCGGUUUGAGGAGGCCAUUCAGCUGCGGGGGAAGAGUUUCGAGAACAACUGGAACACGUACAAGCUCUUGGCCCAUCAUCACCCGGCGCUCUCGAAGAGCACACACUCGAUGGCGAUCCUGAACGUGGGCGCUCCGGCCGCUGGGAUGAACGCUGCUGUGAGGUCGGCGGUGCGUGUGGGACUCGCUCAGGGUCACGUGGUCUACAGCGUCCACGACGGCUUCGAGGGUCUGGCCAAUGGCGCGCUGACGGAGGUCCACUGGCACGACGUGGCGGGAUGGACGGGUCAGGGCGGGUCGCUGCUGGGCACCAAACGAACUCUUCCCAACUCCUGCAUGGAGAGCAUCGUGGAGAACAUCGGAAAAUUCAGCAUUCAGUCGCUGCUGGUGGUUGGGGGAUUUGAGGCGUAUGAAGGCGUCCUUCAGUUGGUUGAAGCUCGAGCGCGCUACGAUGAGCUGUGUGUCCCCAUGUGUGUGAUCCCGGCGACCAUCAGCAACAACGUUCCCGGCACAGACUUCAGUUUGGGUGCAGACACCGCCGUGAACGCCGCCAUGGAGAGCUGCGAUAAAAUCAAGCAGUCUGCGUCGGGAACCAAGCGUCGCGUCUUCAUUGUGGAGACGAUGGGCGGAUACUGCGGUUACCUAGCAACCACCACCGGCAUCGCCGUGGGCGCCGACGCCGUCUACAUCUACGAGGAGCCGUUCGGCAUCCGUGAGCUGGAGACAAACGUGGAGCACUUGACGGAUAAAAUGAAGAACGAUAUUCAGAGAGGACUCGUGCUGAGGAACGAGAAGAGCCACAAGCACUACACCACUGACUUCAUCCACAACCUGUACUCCGCCGAGGGCAAGGGUGUGUUCGACUGCCGGGUCAACGUCCUGGGGCACCUGCAGCAGGGUGGCGUUCCCACACCGUUCGACAGGAACUUCGGCACUAAACUGGGAGUGAAGUCUGUGCUGUGGCUGACGGAGAAGAUGAACGCCACCUACAGGCAGGGCCGUGUGUUUGCCAACGCUCCGGACACGGCGUGUGUGAUCGGCAUGAAGAAGAAAGUCAUGUCGUUCAGUCCCGUCACCGAACUCAAGACACACACCGACUUCGAGCACAGGAUGCCGAGGGAACAGUGGUGGCUGAACCUGCGUCCGAUGCUGAAGAUGUUGGCGAAGUAUCAGACCAGUUUUGACGAGUACGUGACAGGAGAGAUCGAGCAUGUGACCCGCCGGACCCUCAGCAUCGAGACGGGCUUCUGAUCCGCCUCUCCAGCAGGAGGCGCUAGUGCUAACAAUCCUGACCUCUGACCUCAUCAUGUGACACACUGACGUUUCCAGCAGGGGGCGCUAGUGCUAACAAUCCUGACCUCUGACCGCUCACCCCAUCAUGUGACACACUGACAUCAGUGCUUCUGAUCCGCCUCUCCUAGGGGGCGCUAGUGCCAACAACCCUGACCUCUGACCCCUCACCCCAUCAUGUGACACUGACAUCAGUGUUUAUCAAGUACUUCCAUCAUGAGUAACUCAAUAUGAAGAGAUUAGUGUGUGAUUGUAUUAGUGCUUGUGCCUUUGUCUUGUGUUUGUUGUAAUAUUUCCUUCAUAGCUGUGAAUCUUCCUAUCUGAGAGGGUGUGUGUGUGUGUGUGGUGUGUGUGUGUGUGUGUGUGUGUGUGUGGCUGAAGGGAUUUAUUUGUGAAGUGAUGUUGAAUUAGAGAAGUGUGUUUGUCAGUGUUUUCCUCAGAUUGUGAUGAUCAUUCCUCAGGAGUUUCCUCUAGAAAUGCUGCCAGUGUUUCUCCUGAAUCAUGACGAUUACAGAUUAAUCGGAUCCAUGAUUUAACCCAGCAAAUAAAUAUAGAUGUUUUCUGCUGA